ACCCCACAUUGUUAUGGAUCCACAGUAACAAUGGUGCUGGAGAGGAAGCCGGAAGGACAUGACCACAUACCAUGGAUUAAUCAUCUGGUGGAGAUAUCUUCAGGCGGAUGUUUGCUUCACCCAUAAAGGCAUAAAAAAAUACCUACAGGAAUGAGGUGAAGAGCCGAGGAGAAGAGAAGAGAAAAGAAAAGGCGGACAUUGUGAGCCAGAAAACGGCCGCAUACAGAAGCUGCACAAUUAAUCCAAACAUCAUCUUUUACAUCUUGAUACUCAGGACCGUAUUGGUACAGUAUGUAACACUGUUUCUAUGGUCUUAUAGCAUCUUGUUGUUUACAGCAAUCAAACGACUUUAAUAUCGUCCUCAAACCGUCGAAUUGUAAAAAUAAAUAAAUAAAAAUUAAAAAAAAAAAAAAAAAAUAGGUCGGGCAGUUUGCCCUGAAUUUUGUUCAGGUUUUCUUUACCUAUAGACCAGUCUAACAUGUAAAGACGUUCCACUGUGAUUUUGUGCCCUAACGUGAUCAAGCGCUCACAGGACGUGGAGGAGAAAAAAAAAUCAACCACUUUAAGGCCUGCUUAAAGAGAACCACGUUGAAAAGAGCCCUGGCUGGCAUUAGGAUACACGUGCCUCAUAAAUAUGAUCAGAUCAACUCAAAGGCAUUGAGUUCCCGGCUACACUCCUGUGUUUUCCCAUAAUAUGCAACAUACUGUUUGGGAUCACUGACGGCACCUGGACAAUCAAAUCUGCAGGUCUACUUUUUUCAGGAUACCAAAGUAAAACUUUCGGUGAGAUGGGGAGUGAUGGUGAAAUCCUAAGCCAUGAUUUGGCAAAGGUGUCUGAUGAGGACUUGCUGGCUUGCUCGAAAGAAGAGCUGGUGAGUCGACUGCGGCGAGAGGAGUCGGAGAAGAUGUCGGCGCUAAUUCAGCGUGGGCGCCUAAUCAAGGAGGUGAACAAGCAACUUCAGGGACAUCUGCUUGAAAUCAGGGAGCUCAAAGCCAUCAACCAGCGGCUGCAGGAGGAGAACCAGGAGUUGCGUGACUUGUGCUGCUUUCUAGACGAUGACAGGCUGAAGGUGAAGAAGCUGGCACGAGAAUGGCAGCUAUUUGGCCACCAUGCCGCCAAAGUGAUGCGUGAUGACCUGGGCGGCUACCUGAAGAAGCUGUCUGACCUGGAGCGUCUGCAGGAUGGUCUGAUCAAGGAGAAUCUGGACCUGAAGGAGCUGUGUCUCGUGCUCGAGGAGGAGUGUGUGAGCAGGAGUGAUUCCAGCCCAGGGGGUUCAACUGAGCUCAAUCUGCCAUGUAUGGUGGCCCGGGACCUUGGGGAUGGAAGCUCAAGCACUGGGAGUGUAGGCAGCCCUGACCAGCUCCACCUGGUGUGCUCACCUGAUGACUGAGCAAAGAGAUCCGAGAAAGAGAGAGGAUAAUAGCCAUUAUCCCUUUAUUCCUCUCAAAGAAGGACAGAGAAGGGCCUGAAUGAAGUUACAUGGGCCAGCCCAAAGGAGAAGAGAAGUUUACAAUUUUAGUUAUCAUCAAACAUCUCAACUGCUUAUGCUAGAGAAAUAGAUAGGUCAUAGAUAGUCUUUUCUUUGCUUUUCCCUUUAGGCUGUUGUUAAUUUUUCCCCUCCAAUGUAGAUAGACUUUCUCAAUGUGAAUGACAUUUCUUUGCUGUGGAGAACAAGCAUGAUUGCAAUAGUUUUAAGCUUUACUUUAGCUCUGUCAUAUUGUGUUUCUUAAAGUUUUUAAAAGAAAGUAGUAUAAGGACACUGGGAUCCCCCACCCCCACUAAUCUCUUAUAAAAAGAUUGUACAAAAGAACUAACUGAUCAGCUGGCCAUUUCCCACUUGUUUUUACUGCACUAAAAUGUAUUUUAAGGGGGUCUCAUGUUUUAAUGAUGCACUAAACAGGGCUGAAACAAAUCUCAAACGAUUCACAUUUUUAAACUGCAGAGAGCCAUAAAAUGAUCUCCUUGAGGUCAUGCACAACAGCACUGAAUCGUUUUCAAGGGUCUCUCAAGACCUCUGGUUUAAAAUGAACGGAUUACCAGUUAUUUGGCUGUAUGAAUUGUGUACAGAAACUGCACAUUCAGAAUUAGUACACUUUCUCACGAUAAUGUUCUGAAGUUAGUCUAGGAAGAUUUGUUACACUAAACCGUCUUGUUAACUACUACACUGGACACCAGAUGAUUCUUUGCAUUGAUAAAUUUUAUUACCUAACUACUUACUGUACCAUUUUUGAUUGUUAAUUUUAUGGGAGUUUGCAUAGCUACAUGCUAUGUUUACACACUGGCGACUGCACUGGGUACAAUGAUUUUUGUGAAUUUAUAAUAUUGUAUAACUGCUUUAUGUUCUUUAGCUUUUACCUAUAUACUAUGAUUUAGAUGUACAUCAGUGUUACUUUAAUGCUUUUUUCCUGUUUAUAUCACAAUCUGAUUUUGUGGUUUGUUUUGGGCUGUAAUCUUUGGGCCAUGGUUAUUGUCAGUGGGAGAGCUUUCAAUACACUUGAUUGAGCUUGAUUCAGAGACCUGAAUGUGUAAUAAUCCUUGUGUCCUGGGAGCCACCGAGACGAGCAAAUUGCAGAGUGUGAAUGCUUUAUUGGUUUGCUUAUUAAAACAGUUUGGUCAUGUUGGAGGCCAAAAAGACAGAA